AUGAAGAUUGCUGAAAUUGGCACCGGAACCGGAAUAUGGCUGUUGGAUCUGGCGUCUCAGCUUCCCUCGACUGUUGUUCUCGACGGCUUUGACAUAUCCGACGGCCAGUUCCCCCACGAAUCAAACCUGCCAAGUAAUGUCAAGCUGUCCAUUAUGGACUCGUUUGACCAAGUGCCCCCGGAGCUCGUUGGAAAGUACGAUGUAGUGCAUUUACGUUUCUGGGUCUGCAUUGUGCGCGGGAACAAUGUAGAAAAACUGAUUAACCAUGCGAAAGCGCUACUGAAACCGGGGGGCUGGAUUCAAUGGGAAGAAGCCAAUCUCGGGAGAAUUCUUACAAGCGGCGAUGAAGCUAAGAAAUUUUUGCAAGCUGCAAAGUUGGUAUUGAAGUCGCUCAAAUUUGAUUUUGGAUGGAUCGAGGCGCUGCCCAAUACCCUCGAGAGUCACGGACUAGAAGUUGUGGAUUUUAAAACGGGCCGGAUUCCACCGUCACUUGUACCUCUGAUAAUAAAGACUGGACUGGCCGGUUGGGUUGAGAUACUUGACGCCGCUUACAAGACUCAGUGCCAGUCUUUGCCGCCUGAAAAGGAGACCAAAGACAUCUUGCUUAGGGUGGUGGAGGCAGUUAAAGAUGGAGCGGCGUAUUAUUGGACUCCCUUGAGCCUCCUUGCUCACAAGACCGCUGGAACUGCGCUUGAGUCGUGA